ACGCAUGCGUACUCCACCGCUCGUAUCAAUCAACUGAUAGAAGAAUUGGAUCGCAGCAUUUUUUAAUAACAUCACGUUCAGUGACAUGAUUUUUAACGGUUGAAAUUCACCUUCACCGAUCGCGCCGUGCCGAUGAAUCAAUAGUGAAAUCUGAAGACAACUGCCCUGUGUAUGCAGUUAGAACCUCCUCGUUUAGGUUAUAUUUAGUACCAGUAUGAAGUAUUCCUAUGGAAAUCUUUUGAUAACAAUAAGAGACUUGCACACUUGCAACCCGUUGCUUCGGGAGACCGCAAAAAACUUGAAGGGCAAGUCACACAGUUCGCAAUUAUGGAUCAUGAGACAGAUACGGGAUCCCUACGUGGAGAUGGCUAAACGCGAGAACUACAGGUGUAGAAGUGCGUUCAAAUUGAUAGAGAUUAACGAAAAGUUUAAAAUUCUGCAACCGGGGCAGAUCGUAAUCGACUGCGGGGCCGCACCUGGGAGCUGGACUCAGGUAGCUCUUAAAAUGACAAAUGCCGAUGCAAAAAAGGAUGGCAAUGUUGGGACCGUUAUUGGGAUAGACAAGCAACCCAUAUACCCAAUAAAAGGAGCUACUUUGUUAGGCGGCAUGGAUUUCACUGUUGCGAAAUCUCAGACUGAACUGUUGAACUUGUUGAAAGGCGAGAAAGCUGAUGUUGUUUUGUCCGACAUGGCACCGAACGCGUCAGGCAUGAGGGACUUGGACCAUGAGAACAUAAUUCGGCUUGGAUACGCUGCCUUAAAAUUCGCUCUGCAGGUCACCAAAACGGAUGGGACGUUCGUUUGCAAAGUGUGGGACGGUGGAAAGUCUGAACUCCUGGAGAAGGACCUCUUGAGGUUUUACAAAUGUGUGAAGAAUGUGAGGCCGCAAGCGACCAGAGACGAAUCCACGGAGAAAUUCUUCUUAGCCAGAGGGUUUAAGGGUAUAAAAAAUAGUACGUCCAUUGGUACAACGUAACAUGCAGUUUCAUUAACAAUAAUUAAGUUAUGUACAAUAAAAAAUGCUUAAUGAGUAGAAA